UGGUAGCUUAUUCCUGGCCGACGUCUGUAUUCAGCAUCCUUGGCCAGCCUGAGGUCUGAAUUAGGAUCGCUCCCGUAAAAAAUCCGCUUUGGUGUUCAGGCAUACCAAGACAGAGGUUUGGCUGCUGUGUCGGCAUUUUGCUACCCAGGCACUAUGCGGCGUUCUCCAUCAUCUGGCACCAGAAGAAUCCCUUCGACCCCUCCUUCCCGCCGCCACCAAUCUGGAGGAUCGCCACGCGGGAGGCAAACCUCUCCCCGUCGUCCUGGACUGAGGCAACCCCCACAACAAGCAGCAGCAAGUCCUCGGAGAAGGAGGAGAUACAGGCCUGGCCAGCGAGCCUUGCAGGAGAUCAGAAAGUAUCAAAAAAGUACUGAUCUACUAAUUGCCAAGCUUCCCUUUGCUCGUGUGGUACGGGAGAUCUGCCUGGAAUUUACGCGAGGGGUUGACAUGAUGUGGCAGUCCAUGGCACUACUUGCCUUGCAGGAGGCAGCUGAAGCCUUUCUGGUUCAUCUCCUGGAAGACGCCUACCUCUGCACCAUCCAUGCCAAACGGGUCACCCUCCAUCCCAAGGAUAUCCAAUUGGCUCGCCGGAUCCGUGGCCUUGAUCAGGGUUUGGGUUAGUUCCCUUUCUUGAGCUGUCCUAGCUGAAGAGGUGAGCAGAGAUGGAUCCAAAGACGAGAGGAGAAAUGAAUGGCCUGAUCGCCAGGAAGGGGAAGAGCCAUCCAGCCACCCAUGUUUAAAGUGCAACCGCAGUCUCUGCCUUGGAACGGAGCCUCGUGCCAACGACGGGGACUGGAAAGUUGCUUCCCAUUUUAGAGUUGGCCUUGUAUUUUUGC